UUGAUAAAAAUGGAGGCUUUACCCCAAAAUACCAUAAUCUUUGAGGAGCCAGAUGAUCCUUUGAAGCAGGAGAAAUAUAGAGAUAUUCAUGAGGUUGACGACAACCUCUAUCUUUCAGGCUGAUAUGAAGCCCAUAAUAAGUAUUUGCUUGAAGACCUAGGCAUAACUCAUAUAGUUAAUGUUACAACAGAUAUAGCCAAUAAGUUUGAGGGAGACUAUAAGUACUUUGUAGUCCCUGUUGAGGAUCUUGCUCAAGAAGAUUUGGCUAAAUACUUCGAACCAGCUGCUAACUUCAUUGACCAAGCAUUACAAGGAGAUAUAAAGGAGGAGAGUACCGUGAUUAAUAAGGUUCUUGUCCAUUGAAGAGCAGGGUGAAGUAGGUCACCAUCUAUCAUUAUUGCAUACAUGAUCUGGAAAUAUCAUACUCCUUUUCAUACAGCUUUGAAAAAGAUCAAAUAAAAUCAGGUUUAUCAGUCCGAAUAAAGGAUUUAAAAAGCAAUUAUACCAAUUCCAAAAAGAUCUGAUGUCGUAAGUAUCCUAGCUUAUAAAUAACAACUAUGGAGGAAAUUUGUUGAUAAAUGC